AUGGAAGAAGAAGAUGAUACAGUGAAAGAGGGGUUAAUGGCUUCUCCAAGAGAAAUCUUCAGCAUUUCAGGCCCCAUUCAUCUAACUUCCAUUGACUGGAAUAAUUCAUACCACAGAACCUCGGUGGCAUCAUGUUUGGUACAAGCAGUGUACACACUAGAACGAGACAGACAGCAAAACAGGAUUGGUCUCAAGUCACAAGCCCAUCAUUGGUGGGAGUUUUUCAACUUCACUUUAGCCGAAACCCUAAUCGACCAAUCAGACGGAUCCAUAUACGGCGCCGUUUUCCAGUACAAACUCUUUUCCUACAAUUACCAUAAUACCCCUUAUUCCAAAACACCUCCUCUUCACGUGAUAGCGUUCCGUGGCACCAUCAUGAAGCCGCACUCUCGGUCACGUGACCUUAGGCUCGACCUACGCUGCGUCCGUGAUUGCCUCCACGACAGCACAAGAUUCGUGCAUGCGAUAGAGGUGAUCAAAACCGCUGUGGCUAAAAACGGCAAUGCAUCCGUGUGGCUCGCUGGACACUCUCUUGGAGCCGGCAUGGCUUUACUUGCCGGAAAGAUUAUGACGAGGUCUGGUUUUCCACUUGAGUGUUACCUUUUUAAUCCUCCUUUCUCCUCUAUUCCGAUAGAGAAGCUAGUGAAGAGCGAGAAGAUUAAACAUGGAGUUAGAUUUGCUGGAAGUCUAGUCAAAGCUGGAGUAGCCAUUGCUGUCAAGGGUCGCCACCAUCACAAUAAGGGUCAAGAAGACGAUUCGUUUAUGAAACUAGCAUCAUGGAUACCUUAUUUGUAUGUGAAUCCUUUAGAUCCAAUCUGCUCAGAGUACAUUGGUUACUUCAACCAUAGAAACAAAAUGUUUGAGAUAGGAGCUGGAAAAAUCGAGAGGAUCGCUACGAGGAACUCACUAAGGAGUCUGUUGACCGGAGGAGGAGGAGGAGGAAGUUCUUGUUCUGAUUCUUCAUCAGAACCUCUUCAUCUUUUACCAUCGGCGUAUAUGACGAUAAACACUAGCAAAUCCCCUGAUUUUAAGAGGGCUCAUGGGAUCCAUCAAUGGUGGGAUCCUAUGUUCACUGGUGAAUAUGUUUUGCAUCAGUUUAAUCAGUGA